AACCAUUUUGUGUCCACCCGAGACCCGAAGCCUGAUCCUUUAUGGUUUCUGCAGGUGGACAGCACACAGUGCUUCUGCAAAGUGAUGGACAGGCAGUUGCAUGUGGAUGUAAUGACCAUGGUCAAUGUGAUCUUCCCCCGUUGGAGGAAGGAAUGUGCUACAUCCAGGUGUCAGCUGGUGACGAGCACACAGUGCUUCUCCGAAGUGAUGGCCAUGCUGUUGCCUGUGGACUAGAGUCUUCAGGAUGUGAAAUUCCACCCUUGGAAGAGGGAAUGACGUACACCCGAGUUUCUGCAGGCGGCAAACACGCGGUGCUUCUCCGAAGUGACGGUCAUGCUGUUGCAUGCGGGGAGAACGAGUAUGGACAAUGUAAUAUUCCACAUUUGAGUCAAGGAUCGUCGUACAUCCAAGUGUCCGCAAGUUGCUUUCAUACUGUGCUUCUCCAAAGUGAUGGACAGGUUGUAGCUUGCGGGAGCGGCAUUGAAGGCGAGCUCAACAUUCCCCCUUUGGAUGAAGGGACAUUGUAUACUUGGGUUUCUUCGGGCUACGAGCAUGCAGUGCUUCUCAGAAGUGAUGGCUGUGUGGUUACUUGCGGAUGGGAUUGCUCUGGAGAGUGUGACAUUCCUCCUUUGGAUGAGGGAAACUCGUACAUCCAGGCCUCUGCGGGGUUGAGUCACACCGUGCUUCUCCGAAGUGAUGGCCAAGCUUGUGCUGUUGGAGAGAAUGAUGACGAUCGGUGCAAUCUUCCACCAUUGGAGGAAGGAAUAUCAUAUAUCCAGGUUUCAGCAGGUGACGAGCACACAGUGCUUCUUCGAAGUGAUGGCCGUGUUGUUGCUUGCGGACGAGAGACCUUCGAACGAUGCAACAUUCCGUGUCCAGGGCACAGCAAUCAAUACCAUGCCGAUGUGCAACUUGGCAGAGACCUUGUCUUGCAAUUGGAGUUGUUCUCUGAAGGCGAUGCAGUGACGCUGAUUUGUUCCGACCUGGCAGGGAAGGAAGUGCUGUAUUGGAAGGCACCAGGUUCCGAUUCUUCCUGGGAAAGCCACAAACACAUUGCGCGAGAAAUGAAAGUCAACCUCCAGAAUCUUCGAGUAGUUUUGCCUGAUGGACAGUUGCUGGCCAAUUUCUGCCAUGUAAAUCCAGCGAGUACACUCCUUGAUGCCUCUAGGCAUUGCCAGCAGGCGCUUCAUGUAGUUUCUGCAUGAGCAACAGCUCUUACACUAAAAUGAUCUAUCAUGUGUGUUUGUCGGACAC